GCGAUACCAGCGUGUGCCGUUGCUGGUUGGUGCGCAUGCGCACUGACACGAUGAGUGGCAAGAUGGAGAUUUUGUCUGGAAAACAAACCCAGAAAAGUGUAAAAAUUGCUGCUGGAGCUGUUGUCUGUGUUGAAAGUGAAAUCAAGGGAGAUGUAACUAUUGGACCAAGGACUGUAGUGCACCCCAAGGCUCGUAUUAUUGCGGAAGCAGGACCAAUCAUCAUAGGUGAAGGGAACCUGAUUGAAGAACAAGCUCUUAUUACAAACAGCUAUCCAGAAAACCUUGUGCCUCAGAAGGAAGAUAUUGAACCUAAAGUUAUGACUAUUGGAACAAACAAUGUUUUUGAAGUUGGAUGUUUUGAAACUUUGAAGAUUGGAGAUAACAAUGUAAUAGAAUCUAAAGCAUUUAUAGGUAGAAAUGUGAUCCUAACAAGUGGCUGUAUUAUUGGAGCAUGUUGUCAAGUAAACUCCUGUGAAGUUAUUCCUGAGAACACUGUUAUCUAUGGGGUAGACUGUAUGCGGAGAGUGCAGUCAGAACGGCCACAGCCACAAACUCUGCAGCUAGACUUCCUGAUGAAAAUCUUGCCAAAUUAUCAUCACUUGAAGAAAACCGUGAAAGGAAGUACAACUCCAGUAAAAAGCUGAAUGGCACCAGAUCCUGCUUCUACAGUGGAAUCAAUGCAUUGAUUUGGUGAUAAGCAUUGUCACUUUUAAGCAGUAAUUUGUACUACAAUAACUUAUUCACUGCAUAAAACUAAUGCCCUCUGCAAUAAAAUGAAAAUAGGUUAAUACUUCAUAAGUAAUUUUUGAAUUUCAUCAAUUAUCUUUGUAUCCUUGUUUUUCUAUAGAUUUUACAGUUUUUUUUAGAAAAUGAGAUGAUCAUACAGAUGAUCUUAGUUAUGAAUAAAGGAUUGGUUUUAAUGUCAAAACUACUACACCUCACACUAAAAUAUUGAGCUGGUCGCCUAGAAUUUUCUCUGAAUUAAAUGUUAUUUUAAGGGUGCUGCAGGAGCAUGGGGAAAAGUUUAACUUUUGGAAUUGAAUGCAUUGGAGUUCAGCGGAAUAUUAAACAUGAUUUAAACUUA